AUGCCCCCUUCCCAUCCCACCAUCGAACCCGGUGACCACAAAGCCUACAUGGAAUACGCCCUCACCCAAGCGCACAAGAACGAGAUCCUAUCCACCGGCUACUCCAUGGAACUCCCCGGCGACCGACCCGGAGAUCCCGGCAACACGCACGCCGAACACUGCUGCUUCAUCAAAGUUGCCGACAAGCACAACUUCCCCGAAGAGCGGAUCGGUCAGGUGUUGUUUCCGAAUACGGUCCUCUCUACCACGAUGGAACCUUGUAAUAGGCGGUUGAGUGGGAAUCGGACUUGCGUUGAGAGGAUCCUGGGGCUGGCGGGUGCGAUUAGAGUCGUCCAUGUUGGGAUGAAGGAGCCGGAGACGUUUAUUGGCGAGAAUGUGGGGAUUAGGAGGCUGAGGGAUGCGGGUGUCAGGGUUGAGGUUGUGGACGGGAUGGAGGAGAGGAUUGUUGAGGUGGCUACUGCUGGGCAUUAGACUGGACGGGGUUCUGGUCACUAGGGUAGGACUUAUGAUCGCGAUGAGACAUCGCUAUAGUGGCGGAUUUUCGGUUAUAGGUUCAUCGCUUUUCAGUGUCCAAGACGGGAUACGGCGGCUUCGAGUAUCCGGACAACAACAAGAAUCAGUCACAGAGAAGAUACUUUGCUUCAUACCCCCUUUAUCAGUACACGCCGAUACCUUGAACGACAAGUUCGCCUUUCGCUAGCUUUCUUCGACUCGCCGGGUCUGGGAUAAUGGUUAUUGCAUCGCACCAAGUCAACUCCAAUUGGUUGCUCUCUUUCUUAUGGUCGUUAUACGUCGUGCAUCCUUAGCAGCACUUACAUGCUGCCAUCCGAUACCAAUGGACCCUUGCUGUCAAUAAUUCGAG